AUGGAUGGAGGACAGCCCGACCCUUCACCCCUAGUGCCCCUUGGGAAUGUGCCAUCAGAUUCUAGCAUGUCUCUGGAGCAGAAAACGACAUUUGUCUUUGUAAUUUUGUUGUUCAUUUUCUUGGGCAUCCUCAUCGUCAGGUGCUUCCGGAUUCUCCUGGACCCAUAUCGGAGCAUGCCCACCUCCACCUGGGCCGACGGACUGGAAGGCCUGGAGAAAGGGCAGUUUGACCAUGCCCUUGCUUAG